AUGUGGGCACGCAAGGCCGGCGUUCCCCCGCACUGGGCCUCUCGUGUGAAAGUGGUUGCUCUGAGCAUUUUCACCGCGAGCAUCGGGAUUGCCAUGUUCAAUUUCAUGAUGAAUUUGAGCAUUGGCCAGUUGGACCUCGCCAGCCCUCGCAACGAGGGCUACGAUGCAGUCCAGUGCUUUGUGGCCACAGGAUACAGGUGGCAAACUGACAAGAAAAUGUCGCAUUUUCUGUUGAAGAUGGAGCACAAACACAAUGAGCACGAGAUCGUCAACGUCUUGGAAUGUCACGUAGAGGACAUGCUGAACGCAACUUGCAGUAGCGUUCAGGUUCCAGUGUCCAGCAUCAAUGGGCACAUGCUCCCCAUAGCUGGCCGUAUCGACUGGCUCCGCUGGUGGGCUAAGGUCUUUUUAGUAUUGUCGCUGCUGCUGCUACUGGGCAUUACUACCCAUGACCUGGCACUUCUUAGUGUUGCCAAGCGAGAGGAAAUCAUGGAUUUCCGAAGCCUGCGCUGGCAGUUUCCUAUCCUGCGGCGGUCCUUUUCGCUGCUGACCGGCCUUGGUGUUUGCAAACGCAUCCUGCGGCGGCGUGGCCUGGGGCGUGGGGCAGUGCUGCUGUCGCGCCUGGGCAUACCAUUUCUGGUGGUUUGGAAUCUCGGACUGGCCGUCUUCGUGCUGAGCCCUCUUUGCGUCGCACUGUUCUUGACGCACCCCAUUCGCCUCUCAAGGGCUGCAGUCUUUGUACAAAGCAUCGUUUGCGCCGUGUACAGCUUGGCAUUCUUGGUGCAGCUCAUGGUGUGGACAUUUCAUCGACACUGGCGGCCAUGGUAUGCACUCACCUGGCUGGUCCGUGGAACGGUCGUCUCGGAUCACCGGGUCCCUGGCAAGGUGGAUUGCCUCUGCGGCUGUGAGUAUUCGGUCAGCAACCAUGCACUUUUCCAGUUGAUCGUGAUUUCCAUCACUGGAUUGGUUAAGUCGCUUAUGGUGGCAUUUCGCUGCAUUAAAGGAUUGCGCCAAUCGCAGUGGGCCAACCUCAUCACUGUGUUAUUUAGCGUGCCAAUCAACGUGUAUCCGGUCACCUGGUCCUCCUUAGAUGCAGAGUUGCCGGAGACUUGCGAUGCCGACACCGAGACCCAGGGGGAAAGGGCCUUCGAUCCUUUCGUGCUUAUGGACGAGCAGGUCAAUAGCAAGACUUUGCGCUUGCAGUUAGCAGCCUUGCAAUGGUGUGCUAGUCCGCGUGCUGGAGAUGUGACUCCCCGAGAAGCAGAUGCCAUCGGCUGCUGUGGCUUUCCAUAUGCACGCAAGCGUGUGCCGGAGCUUGAGAAGACUCCUUCGACGCCAAUGAUCGAUUGA